GAAAGUCUUGGUUGGCAACGCGCGUCCGUUGGCCAACCUGCACUUUUCCACUUUCCGUCGGUGUCGCCUUUCGUGAUCAGUACGCAUUUCAGGUGGGGAGACGCUGUUGGUCGAUUUCGCCAGAGUUUCUGUCGCCAUUAGUUUUUUUCUCUGCCUUUGGAAGAGGGGCCACCCAGUCCGGCGCAACUUCGGACGCCUCCCGUUCGAAAUCCAUCCCAAGGGCGAAAGGGAUCUCUAUUAUUCAUUCAUUUUAAAUACAAAAUCUCUUGAUCAAGAGACAACACUAGUGACACUCAGUUUUUACAGAAAGACCCAGAAAUUUCUAUUUUCAAUUGUCUUUGUCGAACGACAAAAAAAUUUUGGUUUUUCUUCCCUGUAUUUUUUUUGUCGAUAUUGUAAAACUGCCCUGACGGUUCCCGUUGAGAAAAGGGGACGUCUGAAGGUUUUUUCAACAUUCCUCGGAUUUAACAACACUCAAGUUCUAGAAAUGGCGGAGGAUUUUGUAGAAGCAAUGCUGGAAGCUCCAUACAAAAAAGGGGACGAUGGUACCAGUUCAAGAUCACUCAAAGAAAAUGGAACAUCUGGCAGCCACAAGUCAUCGAAAAGCAAACACAGAGAUCGUUCAAGGUCACGUGAGCGUCGUCAUGGCAGCCGAGACCGCAGGAAAAAAAGUAAGAGCCGCGAUAGGGAGAAGAGGAGUCGCAGCAGGGAGCGCAAACGCCGCAGUAGUCGCAGUAAGAGUCGAGACCGCAAGAAAAGGAGCAGGAGCAGAAGUAGGGAUAGGCCGAGAAGGAAAAGGUCGUUGACGCCACUUCUGCUUCCUGGAAGGAAAGAGCCUUACAUCAAAUACCGCAAGUCUCCACCUCUCGGAAUUCCCCCUCUCGAUGACCUCUCUCCAGAAGAAAGGGAUGCAAGAACUGUUUUUUGUAUGCAGUUGUCCCAGAGAGUUCGAGAAAGAGAUUUAGAAGAGUUUUUCUCGUCAGUUGGCAAGGUUCGUGAUGUCCGGUUGAUCACAUGCAAUAAGACGAGAAGGUUUAAAGGUAUUGCAUAUAUAGAAUUUAAAGAUCCCGAAUCAGUGCCUUUGGCUUUGGGCUUGACCGGGCAAAAGCUGUUGGGAGUUCCUAUUCUUGUGCAACAGACGCAAGCAGAGAAAAACAGGACGGGCAACUCCAUGCCGAAUCUCAUUCCCAGAGGGAUGCCAGGUCCCAUGCGUCUUUACAUUGGCUCGUUACACUUCAAUAUCACCGAGGACAUGUUGCGCGGAAUUUUUGAGCCUUUUGGCAAGAUUGACAGCAUCCAGUUAAUGACAGACCCGGAAACAGGAAGAUCCAAGGGUUACGGUUUUAUAACAUUUCACCACUGUGAAGAUGCAAAGAGGGCCCUAGAACAGUUGAACGGGUUCGAAUUAGCCGGCCGACCAAUGAAGGUAGGUACGGUGAACGAGAAGAUGGACAUUGCACACACCUUUGCGUCACAUAUUGAUACCGACGAGCUGGAUAGGUCAGGGAUCGAUCUUGGAGCGACUGGAAGGUUACAACUUAUGUUUAAACUGGCAGAGGGAACUGGAAUGCAAAUACCUGCAGCUGCUGCUUCAGCGUUAAAUGUAGCCGGCGGUAUGCCAAUGGGAGCAAAUGCCACACCACCGAUAGCCACACAGUGUUUCAUGCUGUCUAACAUGUUUGAUCCAGCAACGGAGACAAACCCGAGCUGGGACAUUGACAUUAGAGAUGAUGUCAUAGAAGAGUGCAACAAGCACGGCGGCGUCCUGCAUGUUUACGUCGAUAAAAAUUCAGCCGGGAAUGUGUAUGUCAAGUGUCCAACAGUAAAUACAGCUGUUAAAGCUGUGAAUUCGCUUCAUGGGAGAUGGUUUGCUGGUCGAGUUAUAACAGCUGCAUAUGUUCCUCUUAUCAACUACCAUAGCUUAUUCCCUGAUACGAUGACAGCCAACACGCUUUUAUCUACAUCUGCAAGGCGAAAUUUAUAACCAUAUCAAAAGAAACACCCCUCUUCUGUACAUAAGAUUUUUUUCAGUUAUGUUCACUAAAGCCAUAUUUAACUUUUAUACCAAAAACUGUUUACAUUUAUUUAUAUCUGAAAAGUGAAUAUGUAAUGAUAAUAUAUAGACUCUUAACACAACAAAUGUUAGGUACAUAUUCUUUUUUCACUUUUUUUUUCUUUAUUAGAAUUUCAUUUUGACACUUUUUUGUUAUCAUUUUUGAGAUGUACCUAUUAGUUAUUUUAACGUAAAAUUUGGAAGGUGAAUAUUAAUAUGUGUAAAUUAUAUUUUGAAUAAAACUGAAGUUUUGUUAUUUUUAUCAAA